GAAAAAGAUGAGCAGCGGCAUUUGGCAUUCCAGGCUGCAUCAUGUCUGCACCACUUAAGUACCCUGUUGAGAAGCAGAUUGAACUUUCACAGGGAUCCGGGAUUUUUAAGUACUAAACAGGAAGUGAUUUCCCAGAAUUCUUCUGUAUCUUACUACACUCCAGCCACUCGUAAUUCUCGGAAUCCUUCUCCUGUAAAUGAGCACCUCCGGCCUUCAGUUGUGGGACGCACAAGUCAGCGACUUAGAGGAGAUGGACAAGAUUGGGAUGCUACGUCUUCUAGUGGAAAUAGCAUUCAAGCUCAAGUCAAUUCCCGGACAUCACACUUGUUGCCAUUGGACAGAGGUCACUUAGACCCUCCAGAAGUUGAAAAUGAAGAUAUGCUAGAUCUGCAGUUUCAGCAACUCAGUCUUCCUCAGUUCUGUGUGCUGAUUUUGGAAAGUGCAACGCCACUGUUGAAGUCAGAAAGAAGAAAGAUGUUACAACUCGUCCUUGAACUGCUUAGCGAAAACUUGGUACUGCUUUGUGAUGCCAUUUCAGAAAACGUAUGGGAGGAUCGAAGUCUCAUAGGACAAGAACUGAGAUGUAAACUGCUUUUCGUGCUGGAUACACUUGGGGAGGUUAUAUUGUAUCAUAAAAAUAACAAUAGCUCUGAGAAGCCUGACUCUUCUCUU